AUGUUGAAAGGGAAGGAAAUUGUGACUCUUCUAAAGAAAGCAGAAGCUGAGGAGAAGAAACUAUAUUUGUUAAAUACACAAAAGGAUUCUUCUGAUAACAAGAAGCUUGAUGUUGUACCAGCCCCCAUCUUGGUGUCCAGAACACACAAUUCUAUGAUAUUCAAGCCAGCUCCUUUUGCUUCAUCUGAAAAGGUUUAUUGGUAUCGGAUAUUUGGUCGUAGUGCAACAGGAUCCAUUCUCAAAGCCAGGCUGAAAGAUAUCCACCUUCAGGGUACAGGACGAGAGGUGCCAGCCUUUGAAGAUUGUUUACUGGAGGUAAAAGGCCUUGAACCUAAUGAAAAGUACAUUUUUGCUGUCGCUGGUUAUUCAAAAGAUGGAAAAAUCAUUGGAAAAGGAAUCGGAGAGACAACAAAGCCAAUUCUAGCAUAUCAUCCACUUUCCAUUCUUACGACGUGGACCUAUCUUUGUAAGGCUGCAUAUCAAUUGGGCCACUAUCCAGUGACAAAGGCAGCUUUCUCAGUGCUGUGGGAUCACUUUGUCUCAGAAGCACCUUCACCCGCUCCAGAUCCGUGGUAUACUUCAAACAAAACUGAAUGGUACAUCACUCAGAAAAGAUUAAACAAUACUGCUGUACCUCUGGCAUCUCCCAUUCUUCUACGAAGUUUUCUGGGAAAUAUCUUCAUUGAAUCUGAUAUUAAUUGCAAGGAAGGAGCUGCUUUCUGUGACUCUGUCUGUGAUGGUGGACCACUCUACAAAGGACAACUAGGUAGACUGGCGAAAUGUGAAAAAAUGCUGGUAGCCAUUGAUCUUGCUGGCUGGAUCAACGAUGGCAAUCAAGCACUGCAGGCUGUUGCCCAGUGCUAUGGACUUCUUGCACCCAUGAUCUUUCACAGGAUUCCUUCAGUUCCAGUUGUGCAGGUUCUCACAAAAUGCUUGUGUGUCCUGCAAGAUGUUGGUGCUCACAGACUAAGGAAACAAUUUGGAGUGACUGAAAAUGUACAGCAUAUGAUCGGUUGUUUCACAUAUUAUUUGGCAAAGGUAUUACAGUGUUGGAAAGAAUAUGAUCUUGCAGUAGAAGUUGCGGCAAUUGGAAAGGAGAUUCUGCUCUCAACACUUCACGUCACUACAGUGGAGUCAAAGGCACUGGGAAACAAGGAGGAUGUUGAACCAAUACAAGGACUAGAUAACAAAUUGGAAGAAGCCAUUGCUGGGGAGAAGUUAGCAAUUCAGAACACUUUAGAACAACAGGUGAAGGCAAUGGACAAAGGCUUGGCUAAUCUGACGAAAGAAGUGAAGGCAGAAGAAUUGACAGAGAGUGAAUCCUCUACAGCACUUUUUAUAGCUGUUUCAUUUGGACCAAUAAAUACUGCUCAUCACAAAGUAAUGCAGUUGAAAGGUCAAGAUCGAUUCCUGGAGUUCUUUGUCCUAUUGAUGCAUAGAUUAAUACGAGAAGAGAAUUUUAAACCAGUUUCAAGGUGGGCAGAUGAAGUUGUAGCGUAUAUAAAAAGGCGGAACAGAUCUCUUCUUGGCAUAAAAAAAUCUGAGAAGAAAACAACCAAGUUGCUGAAAAACACAGCGGUUGUGGUGGAGUACCACAAUACACCUGUGCACAAGAAAACAAGAAAAGAUAAAGUGAAGUUGAAUGAACUUCUGGAUGACUUUCUCAAUAAUCCAAUCCUUAAAAUGGACCCAUCUGCACAAAGAAAACAGAAGGAAAAAUUGGAAAAGAAGGCCAGAGAAAUUUUCCGAACACAACUCAGACCACUUGUGCACAAUUACCUGCAGCGCAAAAGAUUCCAUCAGUUUUGUAUUAAUGAAAUGCCAUGGCACAGUCAGCUACACAAGCUAUUGGGAAUUAUGCACUUUAAUUCUUUCAUUAAGUGCUACGAAGAAGAAGGCUGGACGUCAAAAACCAUUAGCAGAUACUCCUUUCUGGAUCCUGAUAUCUUCAUUCUUCAUAACUCUGGUGCUCUACUUGUUGACACAGAGCGUGGUGAUUCUGAAACAUUUAUUGAUCCGGAUGGCAUCUUUGGUGUCCCAAGCUGUGUGGGGCCCUUAUCAGAUGAUACAGGUGGAUUUAAUCUGACAUUUGAACGCCAGUUUGAUGACGUGAACGUAGUUGACUUGCACUGGGUGUGUGCCAUGGUGUUAUACGCAUUAGAACUGCUGUGCAAUCAAAAGAAGUGGGAGUCCUUAGUCCACUUGGCCAUCUACUUCAACAUCGUUACACAGUGA